AUGAAGCUCUCUGGCGGCUUCUCGGAGCUACCACCUCUUGUUACGACCCCUGACCUGGAUAUUGCUUUGCUGGUUGCGCGGCUACAACCCUGGACAGAUGUGGUUUUUGACGCUUUCGGUUCAGAGCGAGUCAUGUUCGGAUCAGACUGGCCAGUCUACAAUAUUGGUGGCGGUGGUGGUGGAAAUGAAGUCUCUUGGGGGCGUUGGAAAAGCGUCGUGGAGAGUAUCCUGUGCAGAAGAGGACUUGCCGACGAACAGAGAAUGGGAGUCUGUGGACAGGUUGCAGUGGCAGCGUAUGGAAUAGAGAUAUAA